AUGUCCGAGGCUCAAAGAAUUUUUGUUGACAUGAGACGACUUGAUGUCAAGCCAAAUUCUUAUACUUACAGCGCUCUAAUAAAAGGACUAGCAUAUAAUAGAUGUGGAUAUGGUUAUCAGGUUAUUCAAUUAUGGGAUUUGCUGGUAUUGUCUGAACAUCCAAUUGAUGAUAAAACUGUUUCGAUAGUUUUAGAUACUUGUGGUUAUUGUUACAUCACUUAUAAAAUCAAAGAAAUAUGGGAUUACUUAAAAGACAGGAGGGGUUUUCCUCCUCCUUCUGUAAAAAAUCGCCCUAAACGUAUUAACUUUCCUUGGCUUCAAACCAAAGUUUGUAAUUUAGUAUCUUCAGUGCUAAACAAGAGUGACAGGGCAAAGAAAUUAUUUGGCGAGUUUGGAGGUUUGGAGGUUUUGAUUAGUAUAAUAAAACAUUCAACCAAUUCAAAUGUCGCUUCAGCUGCUUUUCAGACAGUGGGUAAUUUUUUUUCAAGUCACGUUGAUGCUCAACUGUUACGCGCAAACUCUUUUAGUUAUGAUGGCUUUCUUGAAUUGGUACUUUCUUCUACAAUACCUAUUGAUAAAGCUUUUUGUGAGAUUUUUCUCGAAGUAGCAACUGAUGGAAGUGUACUACGACCAUUGUCACCAUCUAUAGCCAAGACUGAUAAUUUUUUAAUCAGUAGUGAUAUCAUGCCAUUUAUUACCAAUUUAUUAAAACCUGUGCCUUUGUUUACAAAUUUGUUACCUUUUACACAAAAAAGACAAAUAUCUUUUAAUAAGAAAAUGGUCUCGUGUAGAAAUCAAGGUCACAAAAGGAACAAUAGUCGUGCUACUAUCAAUAGCAUGUCUUCUUUAGUAAAUAACAGCAGUAUUUAUGAAGGAAGUACUUUGAAUGGUUCAUUUGUAUCAUUAAAUAAUACUAUAUUUAUGACUAAUGAAAAUGACUUAACGACAACAAACGAUAGUUCGCUUGCAAUUAAUAGUAGCUGUAACAAUAGUAAUAAGCCAAACGGGUUAAAUACCAACAAUUGUUCACACGAUCGUUUAGAUUCUCCUACUAUGUCUAUUCGAAGUAAUAUGCAACUUCCAAGCCCUACCUUAUCACCUGUAAGAAGAGUGAAUCAAAUAAAAUCCGAGGAAAUAAUGCUCGAAAAAAAAGAUAAGCAACCAACCACUCGUAAACGUAGUAAUUCUCGUAACCUUGGUGGGUUUAGUUUAAGUUCCAACCAAACAAUUGGUAGUGGUAGCAGCAGAAGUAGUAGCAAUGGUACUAAUGUAACCGAAGAAGUUAAAGAAAAACUUGUAAACGGGACUGAUAUUGUUUUCCGUGACAUUGAUGCCGCUUUCAUGUCUUUAAAAAUAUUGGCUCAUAUUACAGAUAAAUGUGAUGAAACUUUACAAAGAUACUAUUUUAAUCUUAUAAUGUCAUUGAUGGAAGUUAAUCCACGAAACAAGGAAUUUCUCUGUGCUAAUCAUGCAUAUGAUAUUACAAAUCAUGAUGUGACACUACUAUUUGAUGCUGCUUAUGAUCCUCUUUCAAUGCUUAAACAAUUUCUUGCGAAAGGAUUUUUUAAAAUUGAUUAUGAUCCUUUUUUUCUGCGUGAAGUACAAUCUCAAAUGAUAUACGCGAUUGAACGUAUUUCUGAAAGAAUGGAUCCAUCGUGUUAUUUCAAUUUCAACGGAUUUGAUAGCAGUUUGCAAACUAUACCAAUGGAUAAAUUUCCUAAUGUGAAAAAUGGGUAUACUUUAAGUCUUUGGGUGAAGGUUACUGCAUUUCUAGAGAAUGAAAUUGGAUUAUUGUGUUAUGAAGAUUUAACGGGUGCCAAUACAACAUUCGAACUUUAUUUCAAGAAAAUUGACCAGCCAUAUAGGUAUUGUUUAUGUGUAAAAACACAACAAUUUCCGUUACCACCCGAGGACUUUGUAUUUGAUGGAUUUUCUUUUCAGCAAACCCUCGUUUGGCAUCAUAUUGUUUUCGUGCAUUCGAAAGAUGGAACUUCUUUGAUUGUUGAUGGUUCUUCUAUGCAAUCUUAUGAUAUGUUUAAUUCUCCAAAGGCGAUGGGGAAAGAGAAAAUAGUAGCAGUCGUGGGACGUCGUGGUAAGAAAAUAGGGCUCUGGGAUGAAACAAUUGCGGAAAAGGUUUUUAAUCAAGGACCAGCAUAUUCAAAAAAUUAUCGUGUUCUAGGAAUCGAGAACAAAGAAUUUAUUUCAGUUCACCCGCAAUCUUAUUUAAGUAUUGAACAAAAAUUGAUAUUGGAGCCAGAAAAAUCAAGAAGAAAUUCGGAUUCAAUUGAUUUUACAAAAAUAACCGGAAAGUUAGAGGGCGGGUGUACAGUGCAUGUAACACGAUCUAUGCGGGACAUUAUUGAACAAUUUGGAAAAGUAGAACAAUGUUUUCGAUUUUUAGAAUUAGAUUCACGACAUCAGUUGAUUGGGCUUCGUACCAUAUCCAAUCUACUUUAUAAAAGUCCACAAAACAUGGCAAAGUUUACCGAGAACAAUGGAUUUUCAACAUUACGAAAAUUAUUGGGCAAUUCUAAUAAUAAUGAAUUGAGCAUUGAACAUUUUAAUGUGUUGAUGGACAUUGCAAGUGAUGGGAUAACAAGAAAUGAUCAAAUGGUUAUAGUUAAUACAGAAUGUUUAAGAGUGAUUGUUGAACUUUUAGGCAGCUGUUGUAAAGAGGAUGUUCAAUUGCCAGUUAUAAGAAUGUUGGUUGAUAUGCUAGUAGAGGUUCCAAAUAAUCUCAAGAUUUGGCGCACGAAUCUCGGAGUGGAAACAUUACUUGAACUGUUAGACAAUCUUUCCUGUUCUCUUGAACCUUUUAUAAUGCGAGUAAUUGAAUCAAUGAUGUCAGAAAUCACCACAGAAGAGCUAAACAAAUUAUUCAAUUAUAUUGAAUGCGGUGAUGGUAAAUGGGUAAAUUUGGAUAUUAAAUAUGACAUUGUCGAGAUAAUUUAUAAAAAUAUGACGCAUGAUAGUCAGCUUGUGGAAAGGAUACGUGUAUUGAAAGGGAUAUCACUUUUGACACCGCUUCUUGAAGCUCCAAAUGAAAAAUUCUGUAUAAUUAUAUUGAAGAUGAUUGGUAUCUUAAUGAGUUCCAAUAUUAAACAUAGCAAGGCAUUAUUAACAAGAGUUAACAAUGGUUUUGACGUUAUGUUUUCAUAUUUAGCAGGGCACGAGCUUUCUUUAGAGUUUACACAAGUUUUGAUUGGAGUGGGGACUAAUUAUUACCAAAAUGAUCCUAAAUUCAAGAAUGCUCAGUAG